GAGCCGCUGUGAGGAUCCUCCCUUCCUCGUCGUUGCUGUCGUGGUGUAUGUACGCGACCCCCAACUGAACUGGACGUCGAGUAGAUACCCAGUUUUACCACAGGCGUAGAUUCUUACAAAAGUGUUGGUAGUGUGCUUGCUUGCUUGUCUUGUUUACUCAUUUUUACUCGCUGCUACUGAACUGUGACUGCUACUAAAAAUGGCAUCUGGAGUAACUGUAGCUGACGUCUGUAAGACGACAUAUGAAGAAAUAAAGAAAGAUAAAAAACACCGAUACGUCAUUUUUUAUAUAAAAGAUGAAAAGCAAAUAGAUGUUGAGGUGAUUGGAGCACGUGACGCUGCUUACGAUGCUUUUCUUGAAGAUUUGCAGAAAGGUGGUGCUGGAGAGUGCCGCUAUGGUCUCUUUGAUUUCGAGUACACUCAUCAGUGUCAAGGCACCUCUGAGGCUUCCAAGAAACAAAAAUUAUUCCUGAUGUCGUGGUGUCCCGACACCGCUAAAGUAAAGAAGAAGAUGUUGUACUCGAGCUCAUUUGACGCCCUUAAGAAAUCUCUUGUUGGCGUUCAGAAGUACAUACAAGCGACGGACCUCUCGGAAGCAUCGGAAGAAGCUGUCGAGGAGAAACUUCGCGCCACUGACAGGAAUUAAAGAGUAUUCCCGGGGACAUCUCCACCAAGCGAUUAAAUACACAAAGAAAAGAAUAAAAAAUAAAAAAUAACAAAAAAAAAAAAACGUCAACGAGAGAGAGCGUGAGAUCGAGCGGGUACGUUUUUAUUUCCCCCGAGUAAAUGCUCCGUGUUACAUCGCAUCGGAGGUUCACCUUUUUACACAUUUUUCACUUAAUAAUAAUAUUGAUAAUAAUAAUAAAAAUAAUAAUAAUAAUAUUGAUAAUAAUAAUAAUAAUAUUGAUAAUAAUAAUUAAAAAAAGAAACAAAAUAAAUAAAUAAAUAAAAUAAUAAUAAAUGAAUACCGGCUAUUAGAUAUUGCGGUACAUGUAAUGUAUGAUUAGUCAUUAUGAUGAGUCGAUGAAGGACUGUAAGUAAACGGGCUUUAUACAUCAAAAGGAUAAAAAUUUCAAGUAAUAAAAACAAGUAAUGUAAUAAUUGUACCCCAUAUUUCUAUAUUGUGAGCGUUGCGUGAGUUUGUCUGCCGCGAUUAUUAUAUAGUGUAUCUAUUAUUAAUUGUAAUAAGGUAAUAACUAUUGUAAUUGUAAAAGAUUCCAACUAAUUUACAACAACCACGCAGUGAGAAUGGUAAAAACUAUUUUUUUUUCUUUUAUUUAUCUCAGGCUGUAUAAUGAUUAAAUUAAAUUCAUUUCGUAUUGA